AUGCUGUUUGAUAGAUUUGUCUCAGUGUGCAUUUCUGCACUUUUAUUGGCUACUACUGCAUUGGCUGCUACUCGUGAAGAACUAGCAAUUAAAGCUCAAAAAUCACCUAACGGUAUCAUUGAACUAGAUGAUUACAGUUUCAAAGACACUCUGGAUGCUCCUCGUGAUUUUUAUUUAGUCGCUUUAUUGACUUGUACUGAACCAGGUGUUGGUUGCACAGCUUGUUUUGAAUUUAAUCCAGUCUUUGAAACAAUUGCUGAAUCAUGGGUCCGUGAUCAUGCAGAAGGUAUCUCUUUAGAAGAUCCUUCAAAGGCUCUAUAUUUUGCUAGAGCAGAUUUAAGUGAUGCCUCAGCAGUACCAGAAAUUUUCAAAUUUUAUAACAUUGAACGUGUUCCAAGAUUAAUGUUUUUCACUCCAGGUGGUUCUAUUCAUGAUUAUCAUUUACUAAAUUUACCACAACAAAAGGCUAAUGCCGGUGCAAGCGAAUUUAUUACUAAUUUGAAGAUUGCUGUAGGUAUUAACGAUUAUCAAAUCCACGAACCUCGUGAUUGGUCUACCGUUAUGAUUACUGCUAUUGCAACUUUUGCCAUUGUUUAUUUAUUCAGAAAACAUAAUAAAGUUAUUACAGCUGUAAUUUCUUCUAAAUUUGUUUGGGGGAUCUUAUGUUGUGCUUUUAUCACUUUAAUGUCAGGUGGUUACAUGUACAAUAAGAUGAGAGGUACUCCAUUAGCUGGUUCUGAUAACAAUGGUGGUGUCGUAUAUUUCUGGCCAAAUGAAUUCCAAAAUCAAUAUGGUAUUGAAUCACAAAUUGUUUCUGUAUUAUAUGGUGCUUUAUCUAUAUUGUUUUUGGCUUUAGUCUUGGGUAUUCCAAACUUAUCAUCAUUCUACAAGGGUUCAGCUAGUGGUGCCAUGAUUAUUACUGUCAUUUGUACUGUAUUAGUUGUAGUCAUCUAUGCUUUAUUUGCUGGUUUGACUAGUUUGUUCAGUAUCAAGUCCCCAAGAUACCCAUUCGAAUUAAUAAAGAUAAGUUCUUUACUUUCUUAA